UCGUGUAAAACGGUUGGCACGAGAUAUGUUGAAAAGUCCCCGCUCUAAGAAUUCUUUGUUGAUAGUUCGAUAAAAGUGCAGAAGUGACGAGAUAAAGGAGCACGCCAGCUUUCGCGAGCGCGACCUUGAAUCCGUGCACACGUAAAGUUCAAUAAUCCGUCAAAACAAAAGAAGGUAUACUAAGAAAUCAAGCGAGACUAUUUUUCAUGUUAAGAAGUGUGCGCUUACUUUCUCUACCAAUAAAAAGGGUCUCAGUGAGAAGCACAGUAGAAGAGGAAAGUCAAUUUAUAGACAAAGAAGGCAGCUAACCUCCAACAGGAUCGCAUGUCUCCGAGUACGUGACCUAGAAGAUUUAGAUUUGUUUUGUGAAUUUGGCGCCUCGAACAAUUUGGUACACUACCGAGCUAGUGGUGGCAAGUGUUAAGUUUCUUUGUCUCUGGAUUUCGUUCAUUUUUACACCAGAGCGAGAAAUAUAUCAGCGCCCGACUUUUUCGUUUGAUGGAUGAAUCCAGUAGAAUGCUACAGCACAGUGGAUCAAGUGUUGGUUUGAUGGGUGGGAAUCAAGGUCAAGGAGGACAAACUGGAGCUUAUGGUAAUAUGGGACCCGCGGAAGGAUCGGCCCAAGGGCCUGACCAAACCGUGGAAGCCAGGAAGCAGGAUAUCGGUGAAAUUCUUCAAUCUAUUAUGAACAUCACAGACCAGAGCUUGGAUGAAGCGCAAGCAAGGUACGAGCAGGAUUCUGGAUCCAGAAAACACACACUGAAUUGUCACAGGAUGAAACCGGCCUUGUUCUCUGUUCUUUGUGAAAUAAAGGAGAAGACAGUACUCUCGCUGAGGAACACUCAGGAAGAGGAACCACCUGAUCCUCAGCUAAUGAGGCUAGACAAUAUGUUAAUAGCAGAAGGUGUAGCAGGACCAGAAAAAGGUGGAGGAGCUGGUGCUGCAGCCUCAGCCUCCGCGGCUGCAGCCGCAGGACCUCCGGGACAGCCGGACAACGCCAUUGAGCACUCAGAUUACCGUGCUAAGCUUGCGCAAAUCAGACAAAUCUAUCACCAGGAGUUAGAGAAAUAUGAACAGGCCUGCAAUGAGUUCACGACCCAUGUAAUGAACCUACUAAGAGAACAAAGUCGUACGAGGCCAAUCACACCAAAGGAAAUCGAGAGGAUGGUUCAAAUCAUCCAUAAAAAAUUCUCGAGCAUUCAAAUGCAACUGAAGCAGUCCACGUGUGAAGCUGUUAUGAUACUGAGGAGUCGAUUCCUUGAUGCUAGGCGCAAGAGACGUAACUUUAGUAAACAGGCCUCGGAAAUACUAAACGAAUACUUUUACUCACACCUUAGUAACCCGUAUCCCAGUGAAGAAGCGAAGGAAGAACUUGCGCGAAAGUGUGGAAUUACUGUCAGUCAGGUAUCCAAUUGGUUCGGAAAUAAGCGGAUCCGAUACAAAAAGAAUAUAGGUAAGGCGCAGGAGGAGGCGAACCUGUACGCGGCUAAAAAGGCAGCAGCAGCUUUUGCAGGAGCAUCGCCGUACAGUAUGGGUGGUGCUAGCCAGGGUACGCCGACGCCGAUGAUGUCGCCAGCUCCUCCCGGAGGACCACAGGAUAUGGCGAGUUAUGGAAUGGGAAUAAACGGAAGUGACUACGGUUCUCAGCCUUACAACGAUGGAUCCAUGGGCUACGACCCCAUGCACCAGUGACGCAGGAUAAUCGCAUAAGUCAUCAAAAGAAGCACUGAAUCAGAAUCUCUCGUCAGUUGCAACAAGUACAAGUUUCUAAACUGCAAAAAGUGAACUGAUUGCACUUUAUCUCCUUAGAGCCAAUAAUCAAUAAAUGGACGCGUUUUAAUGAAAUUAAACAAGUGUCAGCCAAACAAGAGCGCAGAUAUAGAUAUUGUGGACUUUCAGAAGCCAUCAGUGUAUGAUUUUGCAACUAAAACUGUAAACUGCGCUAUUUCGUUCUUGCCAUUUUUUUGCGAAAGUACAACAUCAUUGGGAAGGUUAAGCAUGUACAAAAAGCUCCAAACAAAUUUGUAAAAGCGCAGUAUGUUAUAUUUGCUAUCUUGCACUUUAAUUGUCUUUCGAGAUCGGCAAUCGCGUAAAAAAAGUUUGAAAACAAUGGUUAUCCGUUAAAAGUUAUUCAAUUAUUAAUGUCUUAGUUGAAUGAACCUAAAAUGAAGGUAUGGUGAUCAUUUCGUAUCAGGGUUGUUACUGCAGAACCUAGAAAAUGUAAUGAACUAAAAAAAUUUUCCAGAUAAAUUAUGUAAAUUUCAUACAUUUUUUUCUCAACACAAAUUUUUUUUUUGGGUCAUGGAAAUUAUACUCGAAAAUUAAAAAAUUUUAAACAUAAGAGCAAUAAAAGUUGAAUACUUUUAAGAUAAUAAAAUCUUUCAUUGAUAUAAAUAAUUUAAUAACUUAAAAGUGAAUCAUAUUUAAAUGUGAGUGGCUUUAAGAAUGCACUAUUUUAGAUCAAAAUGAAAGAAGCCAACUCAAAUACCUUACAUUUGAAAGUGCAUGUCUCUAUCUUUGACAUUUACUAAAAUAAGAGUUAAAUAAGUUUCAUUUCAUGUGAUUCAUUUUCUUUAAUAAUGUUUUUUAUUCUUCCUUUAAAUCUGAGUUGGCACACUGGGGUCAGAUUGGCCCUAAACCGAAUUGACGUCAAUUUAAGACCAUUUAUGUCUUGAAAAGGUUGCUUAUUUUUCUUCAAAGUUCGAAUUCUUUAUAUUUUUUCACAAUUAUUUUUUCUCAUCUCAAGCAUUUUUUUCAUAGUGAAUAUUAAAUAUAAACAAAAUAACCCAUAGCAGCUUUUGACGGGAGUAUCAGAGAAUAUCUGAGCAUUUUUGCGUGUCGAAAUAAACGAUUUCCAUAAUUCGAAGUGGCAUGGGAAUGGGUAUAAAUAAAAUAAAUAAAAUAAAUAAAAUAAAUAAAAUAAAUAAAAUAAAUAAAAUAAAUAAAAUAAAUAAAAUAAAUAAAAUAAAUAAAAUAAAUA